AUGGAGUGGGUCCUUGCGGAAACGCUGCUAUCGCAGAGCCGGGACCCCCGGGUCCUGCUUGGGGCGCUGUGUCGCGGGGAGGCGUCCGCAGAGCGCGUGGAGACGCUGCGCUUUCUGCUGCAGCGACUCGAAGACGAGGAGGCGCGCGGUGGCGGCGGGGGCGCGGGCGCGCUCCCGGAGGCGGCGCGCGAGGUCGCAGUCGGGUACCUGGUGCCGCUGCUGCGGGGCCUGCGCGGGCACCCGGCGGGCGGCUCGGACCCCGGCCCGCCGGCCCGCCACCCCCGGCGCGUGCUGAGGGCGGCGAGCGCCGCUUUGCGCUCGUGCGCCCGCCUCGCUGGGGGCCCGCAGCUGGCGGCCGUCCUGGCGGAGGAGGCGCUGCGCGACCUGCUCGCCGGGGGGCCCGCGCCCGGAGCAGAGGCGGCCGUGGAGGUGCUGGCGGCGGUCGGGCCCUGCCUGCGGCCCCGCGAGGACGGGCCGCUGCUGGAGCGGGUGGCGCACGCCGCCCUCGCUCUGGCGCUGGGCGCCGACGGGGACCGGGAUGAGGCGGAGGACGCGGCGGCGCUGGCGGCCGGGAGGCUGCUGCCGGCGCUGGGCCAGUGCGGCGGGGCUGUGCUGGGGGCCGUAUGGAGCGGGCUGGUCGCGGCCGGGGCGCCCUGUGGGCCGGGCCGCGUCGGGCUGCAGCUGUUGGUGCUGAGCGCCCUGGCCGAGAGGCUGCUGCCCGAGCCCGGCGCCGACCGCGGUCCCGGAGCGGGCGACGAGGACCCCGACGCGCGGCGCUCCUGGCGCUUCUGGAGGACGGUGCAGGCGGGGCUGGCGCAGGCCCAGGACGCCCUGACGCGCAAGCGAGCGCGCUACCUGCUGCAGAGGGCGGUGGAGGUGUCGGCGGAGCUGGGGACCCACUGCACCUGCGGCCCCCAGGAAGGAAACGGCCCAAGUCUGUUUUGGUGGUCUGAGAAGAAGAAAGAUGAGCUUCUAAAGUUUUGGGAAAACUAUAUUUUAAUUAUGGAAACUCUAGAAGGAAAUCAGAUCCACGUUAUAAAGCCAGUUUUACCAAAGCUAAACAGUCUGUUUGAAUAUGCAGUGUCAGAAGAAAACGGGUGUUGGCUCUUUCACCCGUCCUGGCAUAUAUGUAUUUAUAAAAGAAUGUUUGAAAGUGAAAAUAAAAUCCUGACCAAAGAAGGUGUCAUCCAUUUUUUGGAGCUGUAUGAAACAAAGAUUCUUCCAUUUUCACCAGAAUUUUCUGAGUUUAUUAUUGGACCAUUAAUGGAUGCACUUUCAGAGAGCUCUCUAUACAUCAGGUCCCCAGGCCAGCUGAUAGGAAGUGGUUCUCCAUUGGGAUUGAAAUUACAGAAGUUUUUAGUCACUUAUGUUUCUCUUCUUCCAGAAGAAAUAAAGAGCAGUUUCCUAUUAAAGUUUAUUCAGAAGAUGACAAGUAGACAUUGGUGUGCCAUUCCCAUUUUGUUUCUGUCUAAGGCUUUGGCAAGUGUCCCAAGAUGUAAAGCCCUGGGUAUAGAAGGGCUUCUUGCUCUCAGGGAUGUUCUUCAGUGCACUAUGAUCACCCAUCAGAUUCUACUCAGAGGGGCAGCUCAGUGCUAUCUUCUUCAAACAGCUAUGAAUUUGGUAGAUGUGGAGAAGGUGUCACUUUCAGAUGUUUCAGCUUUUCUCAUGUCUCUGAGACAAGAGGAGUCCUUAGGACGAGGAACCUCAUUGUGGACAGAGCUCUGUGAUUGGUUGCGUGUUAAUGAAAGCUGUUUUAGGCGAGUCUCAACUUCUGUUUCCAUUGGACUUCCUGAGACAUCCUCUUUAAAUGCUUACGUGAAGAACCUAGUUCGAGAUUAUAUUAAGUCACCUGCUUGGGAAACGGGAGAAGACUGCCUUAUGCCUGACUGGUUUGAAGCCAAACUUGUUGCAAUGAUGGUCUUGCUGGCCGUAGAUGUGGAAGGAAUGAAGACUCAGUACAGUGAAAAGCGGAGAACACAGAAUGUAUUAAGGAUAUUCUUAGAUCCUCUUCUGGAAUCCCUUAUGAAGUUUGGUACAAAUGCCUACAUGCCCUUGCUGGAAACUGACAGAUGCCUCCAGGUCCUGUUGAAGUUAUUGCACACUUGCAUGUUGAAAGGUUCCAGUGCCCAAGAUGAUGAGGUGUUUACAUUUCUUCAGAGCUUUGUCAUGUCUACCACCGAGAGUGUUUCCGAAUUUAUCCUCCGACGGCUUACUAUGAAUGAACUAAGUAGUGUUUCGGAUCUGGAUCGUUGCCAUUUAUACCUGAUGGUAUUAACUGAGCUUAUAAAUAUCCAUUUGAAGGUUGGGUGGAAAAGAGGCAACCCUAUUUGGAGAGUUAUUUCUCUUCUGAAAAAUGCAUCCAUUCGGCAUCUUCAAGAGAUCAACAGUGGACAGGAGCCGACACUUGCCGGGCAGAUUCAGAGGGUCAUUAGUAUGGCUGCCUUGGCCAUGGUGUGUGAGGCUAUCGACCAGAAGCCAGAACUACAGCUCGACUCUCUGGAUGCCGGACCCUUGGAAAGGUUCCUCUCCUCUCUCCCGCUCAACCACACGCUGCAGAAGCCCCACGUGGAGGAGCAGAGCAGGUGUGUCCACCCCGGAGGGCAGCACCUGGAUGGUGACUGUAUGUUUUGUUUCAGUUUUUUUGAAGAAUCAUCAGCUUCCCAAGGAUGGGGGAGAAUAGUCGCACAAUAUAUUCACGAUCAGUGGGUCUGCCUCUCUUUCUUGUUGAGAAAAUAUCACACCCUCAUCCCAGUGUUGGACGGUGACGUUCUGGAGCCCAUCCUGCCUGCUCUUCAGAUGCCGGUGAGGACUCUGCAGUCCGCGCUCGGAGCCCUCACAGUCCUGCCUUCAGACCAGGUUCUGCCUGUGUUCCACUGCAUGAAAGUUCUGGUUCCCAAGCUUUUGACCUCCUCUGAAUCACUCUGUGUAGAGUCUUUUGACAUGGCUUGGAAAAUUAUAUCUGCGUUAAGCAACACUCAGCUGAUAUUCUGGUCUAAUUUAAAAGCUUUUGUUCAGUUUGUUUUUGAUACCAAAGUUCUUACCAUUGCUGCAAAAAUCAAGGGCCAGGCAUAUUUCAAAAUAAAAGAGAUUAUGUACAAGAUAAUUGAAAUGUCUGCUGUAAAAACUGGAGUCUUCAAUACACUCAUAAGUUAUUGCUGCAAAUCUUGGAUAGUUUCUGCUUCAGAUGUGUCCCAAGUAUCUUUAUCAAGUGCUAAAAAUUAUAGCGAACUUGUCCUUGAGGCUUGUAUAUUUGGAACUGUGUUUAGGCGUGAUCAAAGACUUAUUCAGGAUGUGCAGACCUACAUAGAAAAUCUCGGACAUGAUUGUGCAGCAAACACAGUUAUUGAAAAUACUAAAAGAGAAGACCACUAUGUGAGAAUUUGUGCUGUCAAAUUCCUGUGUUUAUUACAUGGCUCAAAUGUGUCUCAUAAGUUGUUUAUGGAAGAUCUUGCAAUCAAGCUAUUAGAUAAAGAUGAAUUGGCGUCCAAGUCCAGAACUCGGUACUACGUGAACUCCCAGCAGCACCGGCUGAAGAACCGGAUAUGGCAGACGCUGCUGGUGCUUUUCCCCAGCUUUGAUCAGAGUUUCUUGAAUAGAAUUAUUGACAAGAUUUUCCAGGCUGGUUUCAUCAAUAAUCAAGCAUCCAUAAAAUAUUUUAUAGAAUGGAUUAUUAUAUUGAUUCUUCAUAAAUUUCCUCAAUUUCUUCUGAAGUUCUGGGAUUGUUUUUCUUAUGGUGAAGAAAACUUUAAAACAAGCAUUUGUACAUUUUUAUCCGUUUUGUCACAUUUGGACAUCAUCACUCAAAAUAUCCCAGAAAAGAAACCAAUUCUGAAGCAAGCCCUUAUUAUCGUGCUGCAGUGGUGCUUCAGUCACAACUUUAGUAUCCGACUAUAUGCCUUAGUCGCCCUUAAGAAGAUCUGGAGCAUGUGUAAGACCCUGCACGUUGAAGAAUUUGAUGCUUUGACUUCUGUUAUUGAAUCCAGUCUCAACCAGGUGGAAAACAUGCCUGGAACAGGGAAUGCCCAGAAGAAUUGGCAACGCAUCCAGGAGCAUUUCUUUUUUGCAACAUUUCACCCAGUGCAGGAUUAUUGUCUGGAGACCAUAUUUUACAUCCUUCCACGCCUUUCAGGCCUGGUUGAAGACGAAUGGAUUGCCAUUGGUAAAUUUACCAGAUUCACUGACAUUCCUUUAGAUGCGGGAUUUCAGUGGUACCUUUCGCCAACUCACCUCUGUGAACUAAAACCGGGUGACUGGGCUCAGCAGGACAUAGGUUCUCACUCGGGCGAAGCAGAUAGCCAGUCAGAGUGGAUGGAUGUUCAGAAGAAGAUUAUCCCCUGGAAAAAUAACACUCCAGAUUUAGAUCUGGAGCUAGUAUUUCAGGAUCGUGUCGCCAAACUUGGAAAGUCGAUUAGCAGACUGAUUGUAGCAGCCUCGCUCAUUGAUAAACCAACUAACUUAGGAGGGCUGUGCCGGACCUGUGAGGUGUUCGGGGCCUCGGCGCUGGUGGUGGGCAGCCUGCAGUGCGUCAGAGACAAGCAGUUCCAAGGCCUCAGUGUCUCAGCAGAGCAGUGGUUGCCUUUAGUGGAGGUAAAACCACCUCAGCUCAUCGAUUUUCUGCAACAGAAAAAAGCAGAAGGUUACACCGUCAUUGGUGUGGAACAGACUGCCAAGAGCAUAGACCUGACCCAGUACAGCUUUCCGGAGAGAUCUCUGCUCUUGUUGGGAAAUGAACGUGAGGGAAUUCCAGCAAAUCUGAUCCAACAAUUGGAUGUUUGUGUGGAAAUUCCUCAGCAGGGCAUUAUCCGCUCGCUUAACGUCCAUGUGAGUGGGGCUCUGCUCAUUUGGGAAUAUACCCGACAGCAGCUGCUCAGGCAUGGGGACACCGAGUCAUGAACUUUGUGCCUUAUCUAAGAUCAGUUAUCGGUGCUCUCGAAACGCUGUUUAAAACCAUGUGUACUAAUGAAAUCGAUUCUGAAAUUUACCGGGAUAAUUUGUAUUUCUUUUUCUUGCCAACUGAAUGCCAAAAUUUUUUCAUGUGCCUUAAAUAUAUUACUAUAUGUUGUCCCCUUGAAUAAAUAUUUUUAGCUAAAUUGCAUUGUUUCUUGAAUAUUUUAAGCAAUUGUGGAAA